UUCUAACGCGAAACAAGACGCAAGGCCACACGGCAGCAACUAUAUUUAUGCGAUCAAAACCUCCCCAAUUUUCAGUUUGAGAGGACAGUUCUGUAAUUAUUCCUUUGAUCAGACAACUAAACCGCCGUCUGGAUCUCUCGAGUUUUUUCAGGCCUUUCGAAUCGCAGUUAGCGAAACCCUAGAGGUAGCUUUGAUUUAUCGUCGAUUCGUCAUCAUGGCCAAAAGCUCCUUCAAGCUCGAGCACCCUCUCGAAAGGCGACAGGCUGAGGCAGCUCGAAUCAGGGAGAAGUACCCUGAUAGAAUUCCGGUCAUUGUGGAAAAGGCUGAAAAGAGUGAUAUACCUGACAUUGACAAGAAAAAGUAUUUGGUGCCUGCUGAUCUGACAGUUGGGCAAUUUGUCUAUGUUGUCCGCAAGAGGAUUAAGCUCAGUGCUGAGAAGGCCAUAUUCAUCUUUGUCAAGAACAUUCUCCCUCCAACUGCUGCUAUGAUGUCUGCAAUUUAUGAGGAAAACAAAGAUGAAGAUGGUUUCCUAUAUAUGACUUACAGUGGAGAGAAUACUUUUGGAAGCCGCUGAAGUGCAAGUCAUCCUGAACUAUGUAUAUAGAUCUUAGAGGAACUUGUAAAUAUCUUUUAAUUUUGAUCUUGGUUGAAGAACUGCUUCUGGAAGAUCUGCCUUGUUUCUAUUGGACAUGUAAUAUUUACUUAUUCCAAGAAGAUUAUCUAUAUAUGCAUAUUCUGAUUCCCUUCGAAUUA